AUGUCUGUUCUGCUUCACAUCUUCGACUCGUCGCUCCAGACAGGCAUAUUUCCUACUCUAUGCAAGCAUGCCACUGUUGUCCCUAUACCCAAUAAAGACAAAGCUGUUGCUGCUAAGGAUUUCAGGCCUAUAGGCAUCCUGGCCACAGGGGGAAAAAUACUUGAAGCAAUUGCACUCUACAAAAUUUUGGAUCACAUAAGCAGCAGAAACAUUCUCGACAGUCAUCAGUCAGGCUACUCGAGCUUUUGCCUUGUGAACGUUGAUCUACUUGUCAAUAAGCUCAAAUGUUACGGAUUCUCAGAUCCUGCCGCGCAAUGGAUCGAAUCUUAUCUGUUAAAUCGUACACAGACUCUCCGCUCCCCAGAUGGUGAACUCUCUCAGACUCUGUUUCGCAGCCUCGAUGUACCGCAGGGGAGUCUACUCGAACCCUUCCUGUUUUCUGUUUACAUCAAUGAUCUACUUGCUGUCUGUCAGGAUUGUGGAUACCACAUUUACGCUGACGAUUUCUAUUUCUAUUUUCAUGGCCAUGUAAAAGAGGCCAAGCGUCUAAUCGAAUUAGUAAACUCCGUAUUAUCACAAAUUUCUAUCUGGGCUGAACAGAACGGUUUAAUAGUAAAACCGGCUCUAAAAACUGUGACCAUUUGGUUUGGAACCCGGAGAUUUAAGAAUAGAAUGAGCCAAACUCUACCUCUUAUCAAAAUGAACGAGGUCAUCAUUGACACCAGUGACUCCAUCAAACUCCUCGGCGUGUUCCUCGACCCAUCUCUACUAUGA